AUGUCAGAGGAAGAAAGGGAAAAAGUACAACCAGAAGAUAACAAAAGCAUGACGGCGGAUGCCAACGGAAGUGACACUGAUCAAGCGUCUGAAAAAGACGAAGGCGAAAUCCCAGCUUCUGAUGCCAUUGCAGACAUUAUAGCCAACGGGUCCAGCCUAUACUUGUAUCGCGACUUCAGCAACGUUGCAGAAGCGGAGUUGGAAGAUGUCCCCGCUUCAUCACCGCCUCCAUCUCGUGCUGGCGUAGAAACCUCCAUUCGGGUACAAAAGUUCCCAGUGAAGCUUUACGCUAUUCUCGCACAGAAGGAAUUCAACGAGAUCAUUACAUGGCAGCCACAUGGCCGUGCAUGGAAAGUUUUGAAACCCCAAGCGUUUGAAAGUUUAGUCAUGCCGCUGUUUUUUGAAUACAGUAACUACCACUCUUUCAACCGCUUGGUGAAUGCUUGGAGCUUUCGACGAAUCAGCUCGGGUCCUGACCGUGGAUCUUACUAUCAUGAGCUAUUUCUCCGUGGAAAGCCUCAUCUACAAAAGUUCAUGAGACGACUUCCAAAGACCCACAAGAAACUUCCUAUGAAAAAGGAAGACGAGCCUGACUUUUAUGAUAGAGAAAAGAUCACUCCUCUGCCUGGCUUGGAUGAAUCGCAACUUCCAGUCACAUCUAUUAUCUCUCCAAUGAAGCGCUCCAUGGCUGGAUCUGCUGGUAUUAGACCCAGCUUAACUGGGUCUCUCCCAGCAGGAACCCCUGGUCUUGGAAUGAGGGAGUCGCUAGAAGCCAGUAGAGAGCAAUUGCUGAAUCUGAAUCCCAGGUUGGGCUUGAAUCCUCAAUUUGGUGCGUUGGCACCUUUUGGAGGCAUGUCUCAACUCAACAGCAUGCAAGCCCUUGGCAGACUUGGCGGCAUGGGAGCUCUAGGUGCUAUUGGGUGCCUUGGUGGCGGCCUUACCAGUUUCAAUCCAGGAGCUGCCCUUGGGCCACCUGGAUCGCAAGGAAUUGGAGCAGCUCUGAGAGCUUCACAGUUGGGCGUUGGUCUGGGCCUGAAUAAUCCAGGAUUUAUGAACCCUUCCAACAAUCCGAUGGACCUCCGCCGUUUACAAGAGUUGGAGGCAAUGGAAAGACAGGCAUUUGGUCUUGGAGCCGCCAACCGGUAA